AUGCGAUUCGCCUUUCUCUAUGUACUGCUACUAUUGAAUUUCUGUACAUACGCUGAAAGACUCACUAUUUUAACCACCUAUGAAGCUGAAGACGCUGGUUUAACACCCGCUGAGCAUCCCCAAUGCACAGCAUGGAUGCUCUGGUGGAAAACACAGCGUACAGUCGUCGAUUUGACGGAGGAGGAUUUCGAUUUGCUGGCGUAUCGUCGGCAAUGGAUGCUUAUCGAUAAUGACUUCAAUGCUAUUAAGUACCACGUUCCCGUCGAACUUCUCCUGAAUUUCACAGAAGUGGACAUCAACUUUGAGAACGUUUGCCGUCUUCAUCCUCGGGUGCUAAGGAUUGUUAGCCGAUCGUCAGCCGAAAAAUAUCGCGUAAAUACCGAUGUAUUGUGUCGAAUGAACAGGAGUGAGACCGUAACAAACCCCGGUGGGAGGCAGGGAGAUGAGACAAUAUUGGAGGACUCCAGAAAUGCUCAUGAGGAGUUUGUGGUAUACGUGAAUGACACGAAAUCGAACGCCGAAGGACAAUUCGGUCUAAAUGAUGGUCUAUUUCUGAAUCACGAAUCUAUAGCGAUAUACGCUUCGCGAAUCUGUGAUGGAACAAUUACAGAAGAUGAACCGGAAGAUUUACAAUACUUUGAAGAAAAAUAUGGAACACCUGCCUUCAACCUAAGCCUUUUGGAAACUUCCGUAGAAGAGCUCAUGGAGCCAGUGAGAAACCCAGAUCAUCUUGAUAGAAUCCUACGGCGAUUUGAAUCAAACGACGUAGCCUCACAGCGACCGUUUCCGGCCACACGACUUAUUCCAUUUCUGAAGAGGGUGGAAUACGAUUCAAGAACCCCUCCUGUUUUGUUUGUUGGCGACAAAGUGAUCGUCAAAAUCGGUCUACAAAUCCAGGCAAUGAGUAAUUUUGAGUUGUCGACCAUGGACUACGAUCUCGACACCUGGCUUCGUAUGGCAUGGUACGAUCCGCGUCUGAGGCACGGAUCCAGUCGUCCGAUACUCGUCAAUGAGUUCAAAUUUCUGAAGAAAAUCUGGCGACCAGAUCCAAUAUUCACGAAUGCAAAGGCAGCCACGUUCCAAAAAGUUACCUACCUCAACUUCUACAUGUUCAUUUUUCCCGGAGGAGAAGUAUUCCUGGAUUUUCGGGUCUAUUUGAAACCGACCGCUGCGGAAAUCGUCCUCUGUAAAUAUCCACACGAUAACCCUGCCUGUUCGUUGAAAAUCAGUUCACUUGGAUUCACAUCUGACGCUGUGGUAUUCGAGUGGUUUUCUGAGCCAUCUGACGCCAUUCAACUGAAUCGUGAUCUCGAAAUACCAGAACUGUCGCUCAUAAAUGUGAAAGCCGAGACUUGUGACGGCCAUCGUAAAUCAGGUAACUAUUCGUGUCUAGUGGCAAGGUUCUUCUUGCAUCGAGAGCUUGGAUAUCACUUGGCUCAGACCUACAUCCCGACGGCUAUAUGCGUCGUCUUCUCAUGGAUUAGUGUGUGGCUCCCUGAAGAAUUCGUUGAAGGUCGAAUUUUCGUCUCGCUAACAGUAUUCCUCACCCUCAGCGCCGAGAAUAACUCGGCUAAGGAAGAGCUGCCUAAAGUCUCUUACAUAAAGGCAAUCGAUAUUUGGUUUGGCUUCACUUCGGUAUUCGUUUUUCUCACUAUGCUUCAGGCAUUAGUUGUCAUCACAUUGGAGCACCAUAGUAAAACCAUUCGCCGAAAGUGUGAGCAAAACGUCGAUGAUUACAGUAAAUAUAAAAUAAUGCUGAUGAUGUUACGCAGUCGCGCUUUUCAUCGCAUGGCUAGGAAAUUGGAUGAGUUCUGCAAGGUGAUGUAUCCAGUGGCGUUUCUUCUCUUCCUAAUGAUCUAUGGAUUCGUCAUUAUUCAAGGAGAGGAAGACAAGUGCUUGCAACAAUGA